AUGCUGGUGGCCAUUUCCAGGGGAGACGGUGGUGGUGGUGGUGCUCCGGUAGCCAUUUCCACGGAAGACGAAGAUUUCUUGAAGAUAGUCUUUCUUAGCUUAUGUUACAUAUCAUUUGGUCUGAAAAACGCAAGUUCAGCCACCUACGAUGUAACCUCUUAUGGUGCAACAGGAGACGGGGAAACAAACGACUACAAUGCUUUCGUUCAAGCAUGGGCUGAUUUAUGUGGAGAUAACACAGAAGAUCCAACAUUAAUCAUACCAUCAGACAAAACGUUUAUGUUAAGCCCGGUGGCAUUCAACGGUCCAUGCAACUCCAAUGCAGUAUAUAUCAAGCUUUUGGGCAACAUAACUGCACCAAAGACACUGGAUGGAUGGACAGAUUGUAUAAAGGAACGCUUUUGGAUAUAUUUCUCAUCGGUGCAAGGGCUCACCAUUGACGGACCUGGCCAAAUUGAUGGUCAGGGCUCGAUCUGGUGGGAAAAGGAAAAUGAGACAUCUAAAACUUGUGAUCGCCCCACUGCUUUACAUUUUACUGACUGCAACGGGCUUCAGCUGAAUGGAACAACACAUAUUAACAGCCCCAAGCUUCAUAUCAGCAUCAUAAAUAGUGUAAAUGUAGAUGUUGGAAAUCUUCAAAUCGUAGCACCAGGAGAUAGCCCCAACACUGAUGGGAUCGACAUCAGUGCUUCAUCAAACAUUAACAUACAUGACUCCAAUAUUCAAACUGGUGAUGAUUGUGUGGCUAUUAACGGUGGCAUCGUCAACAUCAAGGUAACCGGGGUGUCAUGUGGACCUGGUCAUGGCAUAAGUAUCGGAAGCCUUGGGGAAGAUGGCGGUCAUGACACAGUCGAACAAGUACUUGUUCAAAACUGUAACAUCACAGGAACCAAAAAUGGAUUACGAAUCAAGACAGUACCGAAAGGAACGGGUUAUGCUAGAGGGAUGAUAUUUCAAGACAUAUAUUUGGUAGAUGUUGAAAACCCGAUCUUAAUAGAUCAACAUUACUGUUCUAAUGAUCUUGAAAAUUCCAAUUGCCCAGCUCCACCAACGGCAGAAGCAGUACAAGUAUACACAAAUAUACAUGGGUCAACUGCGACAAAGCAGGCAAUUACAUUCAGUUGUAGUGACAAGUAUAAUUGUACCGAUAUCGUAACAAACCAAGUUUCAAUUACUGGAAAUGACGAGUUUGCUUACUGCAAGAACGCUCAAGGAAAUUUUGUUGAUACCACCCCAAAUAUUAGUUGUGAUUAGAUUAUGUUAAUUAAUUGUAUCCCCCUAGCUAGCUAGCUACACAUUA